CAGGGGGCCACUAGUUACCAUCAAGUGUGUUGUGACGACACUGCCCGGCCUGCCGGUGGGACCGGUGCGGAAAGGGAAGCCCUAGGGCAGGUGGAGGCCAGCGGGGAUUUCACCAGCCAAGUGGUCUUCUUCAUCUGCGACGGGUAAGACAGGCGACCCCGCACACCCACCACUUUCCGGUCCUGCGACCCGAGCGGCGUUACCCCGGGGACUCCCCUCCUGCGGCCCCACCAGCCCAAAGUUCGCAAACCCGGUUCCGGAUGCGGGGCUCGCCAGCAGGCCGGCGUCGCCGGCAGCAGCCACGCCCCACUCCUGGCAUGUUGACGUCUGCGGGGUGCCGUUUCCGCCCUCAUCCUAGGAGGGAGUGAAGGGGGCGGAGCCGGGUGGAAAGCGCGCUGCUUGUACGUCACUUCCGGUGAGCCUAGUGGCGACAACGGCAACAUGGCCCUGAACGGCGCUGAAGUCGACGAUUUCUCCUGGGAGCCCCCAACCGAAGCGGAGACGAAGGUUCUGCAAGCGCGACGGGAGCGACAGGAUCGCAUCUCCAGACUCAUGGGCGACUACCUGCUGCGUGGUUACCGCAUGCUGGGCGAGACGUGCGCGGACUGCGGGACGAUCCUCCUCCAAGACAAACAGCGGAAAAUCUACUGCGUGGCUUGUCAGGAGCUCGACUCAGACGUGGAUAAAGAUAAUCCGGCUCUGAACGCCCAGGCUGCCCUCUCCCAAGCUCGGGAACACCAGCUUGCCUCUGCCUCGGAGCUCCCCUUGGGCUCCCGGCCAGCCCCUCAGCCCCCAGUACCCCGUCCAGAGCACUGUGAGGGAGCUGCAGCAGGGCUCAAGGCAGCCCAGGGGCCACCCCCUCCUGCUGGGCCUCCAAAUGCAGACGUCCUGGCCUGCACGCAGGAGGCCCUCCUGCAGAAGCUGACCUGGGCCUCAGCUGAGCUGGGCUCUAGCACCUCCCUGGAGACUAGCAUCCAGCUGUGUAGCCUAAUCCGAGCUUGUGCUGAGGCUCUGCGCAGCCUGCGGCAGCUUCGACACUAAGAGGCCCCUCCUGAGAAAAACCCUCUAGAAAAACAGCUGUCCUCUC